UGAGCAUCCAAACAGCAGCAGACUGUCAGACUGGACGUCAGGGAAAGACUCUGACAGAAGAUCACAGCACACGGCGGUGAGUUAAGGAUCAGCUGAGUUUGAAACGCCUCAGAGGACUCAGAAGAAGGAAAAAUGACUCUUGCAGCAUACAGAGAGAAGAUGAAGGAGCUCCCUCUAGUGUCUCUCUUCUGCUCCUGCUUCCUACCAGAGCCUCGCGAAAAGCCCACCAAGAAAACACAAGAUGUUGUGGACCUCAACCUGGGCAUCAUUAAAGACAUGGAGGUGAUCGAGCUAAACAAGAGGUCAUCGGGCCAGGCUUUUGAGGUCAUCCUCAGACCUCCAUCCUUUGACGGUCAGAGGGAAUUCCAUCCCACUUUCCCACCUCGCAGAGACCCCUCACUGGAGGAGAUCCAGAAGAAACUGGAUGCAGCCGAAGAGAGAAGAAAGUGUCAGGAAGCUGAACUUCUGAAGCACUUGGCUGAGAAGAGAGAGCAUGAACGAGAGGUGGCCCAGAAAGCCAUAGAGGAACACAACAACUUCAUCAAGAUGGCCAAAGAAAAGCUGGAGCAAAGAAUGGAGAUUAACAAAGAGAACCGGGAGGCCCACAUCGCUGCCAUGCUGGAACGUCUUCAGGAGAAGGACAAGCAUGCUGAGGAGGUGCCUUGAGAUCUUCUCACAACACAUGCUGAUCAUAUCGGAGACCAUUCACCAAAGGACUGUCUAUCACGCUGAGCUUAUUAGCUUGGAUCAUAAGAGAUUAGGACUCUGAAACCAGAUUAUGAUAUCGCUAUAUCAUUGUGAGGUACGAUGGCCAUGUUGUCAGAUGAACAGAACUGGCCGGCCAGCAAAGAUUGUGAUGGAAUCUUUACUACCUUAAUCUGAGAAACGCAGAGACGUGUUUGUCUCUGCAAUGAGCUUGUAUGCCAUUAGUGCCACAAAAGAGUGAAUGUGAGUGGUAACUUUGUGUGUUUCUGACUAUUUGGAUGACGUUUGGACGGUUUCAUGUACUUUGCCCCUGUGGAUGCAGUCAGUUUGUCUUCUGUUCUGUCUUUAAGGCUCUAUUUUUUGGUCAACUGCUCAAGCUUUUGCCGCUGUACAUAUGUUCACUUGCCUCAUGAUCAGCUGGUGUCUGAUUUGGCUAUAUAAUUCUGUACAGAAAUUGUGAUAUAUUUUAGAGGCCGAGGGAAUUAAAGGACUGCUGGUAUAGUUUUA